AACACAAAAGUCUUCUCAACCCAACAUAUUCUCCUUCCCGUUGCUUCCGUGCGUGGCCGUCGCCUCCGCAGCAGUCCUGCUCUUCAAACGUAAUACCAGUGCCAGUUGGUUAUUGAUGGCUGCUAGUUCUAGAACUGAAUCUAAUAGUGGUGCUUCAAGCUCAAAAGAAGUUGAGCCAGCGACGCCCCAGAUUCAACCUUUCAGCAUGCCUACUAUGGAAGAGAUUCGUGCCCAAGAAAUAUGGGACAAUUGUGCUGUUCGUAGUGUUACAAGUGGAGUAAUGGGAGGUGGGAUUGGGAUGUUCUUCGGUCUUUUUCUUGGUUCAUUUGAUAAUCCAUUAAUGCAAGGAGAAAUGAGUGGAAGGCAGCAAUUCAUUUAUACUGCAAAGCAAAUGGGGAGAAGAGGCUGGAGUUCUUGCAAAGCAUUCGCAGUUAUGGGAUUGAUUUUCUCUGCUGCAGAGUGCAUAGUUGAAAAGGCACGGGCAAAACACGAUAUUACAAAUACAGCUGUGGCUGGUUGUGUAACUGGAGGUUCAAUGUCAGCGAAAGCUGGUCCAAAAGCGGCAUGCGCUGGUUGUGCUGGGUUUGCGGCAUUCUCGGUUUUGAUAGAGAAGUUCCUAGAAAGGCAUACUUGACACAUAUCCUGCUCUAGGUUUGGAGGUGCUUGUUGAUUCCGGUUUGGAUAAUGAGUUAGGUUGGCAAUCGCAUUUUACAAUUUUAAGCAUCGAACUUCCAUUUUUGGCUCAAUUCAAAAUUUUUCUUCAGUAGUGAAAGGGGAAUACCAUUGAAAUUAUAGUACUAUUUAUAUUUCUUCAAUUUUCUGUUUGUUAGUACUUAGUAACAGUCUUUUCAAGUUUUCAUACUGAUGAUUCCCCUGUGGGUUCAUCUACAAAUUUUACUUUGAGAAAGUGACAUCAAUUGUGCCUGUGGAUAUUUUAUUCUUGUUGAAAGAUCUUUCAGGAAUUAGAAUUCAAGUGUGAAGUGUAAACCAUUUCUGGAGGUCAUAAAGAAAAGAAAGUCUGCAUCGGAAGCUGAAGCUUUGAUGCAAGUUAAAACAGUAAAAAGAAAAGGGAAAAAUAAAUGAACAAGCUGAUAUCAUUUUGCUUUCUGUACGUCUUUAAGACCAGGAUGACAGCGGACAGAUAUAUUCACUAUAUUUCUUGUAUUUGGCAUGUGACCAUAAUUUGUUGCCAGAAAUGAAUGAGAGUAUCCAGAUUUAAAAUUGUCCCAACUCUUAGGGAUAAUUUUAAAUUUAGUGUUGGAACUUAUUUUAUUUUUUAUGAAUAAAGUGUUUAAAUUAAUAAUUUUUUAA